AUGUAUUCGCUUUUGACGGUGAAUCAGCAGGUCUCCCUGAUCAGCGUCACUGUCACUCCCAGCACCUUUCUGGCUGCGCUGCUUGUUAUUCUCGUCUUCGUCAGCUUCUAUCUUCCACAGCUGCCAUCGUUCAACCUGCCACGAAUCACCCUGCCGCGCUUCUUAACCGCCGCAAACAACAACGACAACACAUUGCCGCCGUCGCCCACCUCGCCCUCCCGACAGCUUGUACUGCGCGACCAGUCGCUGACCGUCUACCGCCGCGACAGGAAGGACUCAACAUCCUCAUCAUUCAAAGACCGCUUCAGAAAGGAACCCAAGGACCACUACAAGGACUACAAGGAGAGGGACUACUACGCCAAAGAGAGCGACCAUGGCCGAUCCCCAAGAAAGGCUCGACGCCUCAUUACGGGAUUUCGAGACUCCGGCAAGCCCGCUGCUAUCUACGACGAGGAACUCAUCCGUUCUCCCCCCCAGCGAAGCGGCGAUAGAGGACGAUCUCCUAGCGGACCUGGACGUCGCGUCCGCAGGUUCCUAUUCUCCUCCAGCGUGGCGGAGGCUCGCCAACGGUAG